ACUCAAAGUAGAUUGCGACAGUUUUUUCAAAUGAAAUGGAUUUAAAAACAUAUUUUAAAGUGUAUUUCUAUAUCACGUUAUGUUCAAUCUGGACUCAAGGGUCACUUUGCAAUAGUACGUCAUUCUGUCUGGAAGUCGUUGAUACAAAUAGUAAUCAUACGGAGUUGCAACUGUGUAACACAUCUAGCUCUGACCUUGUAUGUGGUGACAAUGCAAGCAUUGCAAUAGAAAAUACAAUAUUCCAAUGUAUAACAAAUGGAAGCCAAGGCUGUGGAAGUUGCGGCAAUGACGCUGUUCCUUGCUCCGAAGAAAAACCCAUCUAUAUUUUACACGAGAUCUACAGUGCUUGUUCUUACAAGAACAACUGCAGUAUUCCAACAACAAUGUACAACCUUGAAGGAAACAUUACGGCAGUAACAAUACAUGUGACAUACGAAUGUGUUCCUGAUUCAGAUAUAUUUAACAUCUGCGGCAAUUUCAAUCAGACCUUUAAUACAAACUACCAAUACUUGGGGAAAGAUGGGAGCAGCGUUGAUUACGAUCUAUGCGUUUGCUGUAUCACUGGGCUGCAUUCACUUUCUGUGAAAGACUUCAUAAUUCCAUACAACGAUUAUCCAGAUUGCAACAGCAGUAAUAUCACUUUAGAUGGUGAUAUUCUUAACUGUACAGAGAUCAUUAAUGUGGACCUCCAACAACGAAAUGCGUCUACAAUAGAAAUUCCAGGAUCAAACCCAUACCGUCUAUGGCUAUCUAUUGCUGCUUGUGGUGAAGUUGAGAUCAAAUGUUCAACGGUACCAACACAACAAAACGCGACAUCAACAAUAUCUUCGGCAGGCGCUUCGUUUUCCAAUACAGUCAGACCAAACACAACAGAUUCUACUUCCUCGUCGACAACUACAAGUUCCUAUGGGGAGUCGUCGACAACAGACAACACCAGUUUUAAUACUGAAACUAAAAACAUGACUGUGCCACAGCCUACUCAACAAGCCUUGGACACUUUUCCUGUACUACCAAUUUCUGUAGCCGGUGCUGCAUUUGUCGUUGUUGUAUUUAUCAGCACUCUGGUGAUUUUAUGGAGAAGAAAAAGGGCGAAACGAAAUUCUCAAGGGAAUGGGAUUUCAAACGCACGGCAAACAGAUUUUUCAAAUCCUGCGUAUGUCCCCCAAAGCAAUGAGGAAAUAUGCGUUACAAACACUCAGGUUUUAGCAUCGGCAUUUAAUAAUAUGGAGUACGCUGAACCUGCAGAUUGCGCCAGAGUCUAUGUUAACACUGAAUUGGAAUUUGCUCGUUCAACGUCAGACGAGGACUAUUACUCGCACACGUCCACGAAACCACAGUCGAAACCAUGCCCCAAAGCUGAAAAUUAUUCACAUAUCAAAUUAAUCACGCAGAAACCAGACAUGCCCAAAGCAAGUCCCUAUGCCAAAGUAACAGCCGACGUCACAAAAUCGGGAACAUGUAUAGCAAUAGCAGACGAAGGUCGAGUAGGUGCUUUUCAAAACUCUGAUGGUGAAGCUGCUGCCCAAAACAUGCACCCAACGGAUUCUACAUAUGAUCACCUCGGGAAUUUAAGCAAACCAAAGAGAACCUAUUCUAAGAAGCGUGUAGUUGUGAAGGUAAAAGACAAUUAUUCUCAUGUACACCUUGGUGCCAAUGCCAGAAAACACCGGAAGGCGACUGGUUUCAGUGUGGAUGGAUAUUCGCAUGUGAAAUUAAAUGUACAUGCUAAGCGGAAAAAGAAGAAAAAGAUGGUCAAGGAAAUGGCUAAGAAUCAUGAAUAUUACAAUAUAGUGAAACUUGAGGACGAAAACUACGACCACGUAAACAAAUAACAUAUAGAUUCCUGCUACUAUUGACUUGUAUCUCACUGGUGUAUUCAAUUUGUAAAUCUAAAUUACACUGUAAACAUGUUACCGAAACUGCAAUAAAGAGUAAACUAAAUCAUUUAGAUUUAUGGUUAAGUUUCCUGUUAUAUUUCAAUUUCUUUUGAUUGCUUUUCUACGAUCUUCUAAUAUCACGUGAAUUGGGCGUUUUGUGGACAUGCCUUUCAUCAGAUUGUGUUUUUAUGACCAUUGCUAUUUCCUUUAAUUUAUUUUAAU